UGCCAAAUGUUUCAUUUUGUCCUGUGACUCCUGUGUUACCACACCUAGCAACAUGUACAGAUUCUCCACAUUGUCCUGUGACUCCUGUGUUACCACACCUAGCAACAUGUACAGAUUCUCUACAUUGUCCUGUUACUCUUGUGUUACCACAUCUAGCAACAUGUACAGAUUCUCCACAUUGUCCUGUGACCCAUGUGUUACCACACCUAGCAACAUGUACAGAUUCUCCACAUUGUCCUGUGACCCAUGUGUUACCACACCUAGCAACAUGUACAGAUUUUCCAUAUUGUCUCGUGACCCUUGUGUUACCACACCUAGCAACAUGUACAGAUUCUCUAUAUUGUCGCGUGACCCUUGUGUUACCACACCUGGCAACAUGUACAGAUUCUCCACUUUGUUCUGUGACCCAUGUGUUACCACACCUAGCAACAUGUACAGAUUCUCAACAUUGUCCUGUGACCCAUGUGUUACCACACCUAGCAACAUGUACAGAUUCUCCAUAUUGUCCUGUGACCCAUGUGUUACCACACCUAGCAACAUGUACAGAUUCUCCAAAUUGUCCUGUGACCCAUGUGUUACCACACCUAGCAACAUGUACAGAUUCUCCACAUUGUCCUGUGACCUAUGUGUUACCACACCUAGCAACAUGUACAGAUUCUCCAUAUUGUCCUGUGACCUAUGUGUUACCACACCUAGCAACAUGUACAGAUUCUCCACAUUGUCCUGUGACCCAUGUGUUACCACACCUAGCAACAUGUACAUAUUCUCCACAUUGUGGAGAAUCUGUACAUGUUGCUAGGUGUGGUAACACAUGGGUCACAGGACAAUAUGGAGAAUCUGUACAUGUUGCUAGGUGUGGUAACACAUGGGUCACAGGACAAUGUGGAGAAUCUGUACAUGUUGCUAGGUGUGGUAACACAAGAGUCACAGGACAAAAUGGAGAAUCUGUACAUGUUGCUAGGUGUGGUAACACAUGGGUCACAGGUAUAUUGUCCUGUGACCCAUGUGUUACCACACCUAGCAACAUGUACAGAUUCUCCACAGUGUCCUGUGACCCAUGUGUUACCACACCUAGCAACAUGUACAGAUUCUAUAUAUUGUCCUGUGACCCAUGUGUUACCACACCUAGCAACAUGUACAGAUUCUCUAGAAGUGGUUAUACUGGCCCAACUAUUCCAACACUUGAUAUUCGAAUUAAAGAACGAUCGACAUGCUGUCAUUUGUAG